AUGAGGCGGGGUCGAGUCCCGACCCCCCCGCCGUCGCCCUACCGGGCGUUGGCACAUCAUCAUGCACAAUACCAGGCAAAUGGUCAGCCUUUACCGGAGUCCGUAUCGUCAUUGAUUCGGUCUUUCAAUGUCGAGACCAAUCCCGCCCGGCCGAUACGGCCAUCUCCCCUUGCGGCGAGUACAAUACCUGACAUGCCACUGGAUCUCGUCGAUCGAAUACGGUCCUUUCCGCUGUUCAUGUCCGCCCCUGACGAGUUUCUUGCUGCUGUCGGCAGACACCUAAGACCACAGGUUCAUGCCGCGCACGACGUGAUCUUGACAGAGGGAGACAAUGCUUUGGCAAUGUACUGGCUGGUGCGAGGCGUUGUGGCUGUCACAUCCCGCGAUGGGGAGGCGGUGUACGCAGAGCUUAAGCCCGGCGCCUUUUUCGGCGAGAUAGGCGUACUCAUGAAAAUGCCACGCACAGCCACUAUCGUCGCGCGGACCAAAUGUUUGCUUGUGGUCCUUAAGAAGGAAGACCUCAAUGUGGAGCUCCCUAGGUUCCCUGACAUGGAGAAGGCGAUCCUCCAAGAAGCCCAGGAAAGGCUGGCGAUCUUGAAGAAGAAACAACAAGAAAGAGGGGCGAGGAGCACUGACAAGAGCGGUACCGUGGCGCGAGAGGCAGCUCCAGGCCAGGUCACCACUGGCGAUGCCGGCGCUAUCAGGGAGGGUACUGUUGUGAACUCGAAGAAGAGGAAAUCACCGAGCCCGGGCGUCAUCGAAGAUCCAGCCGUGGGAGGGAGCGCCCUCGGGAGCGGCUUCAUCAAUGUUCGGACCACGCUAAAGGAGCUGUCGCUGUUCUCUGAGCUUCCGUCCGAUAUCCUUCACUUCCUUGGGUUGAGCGCGCACCCCGUCUCUUACCCGCCCUUCACCGACAUUGUGCGCCAAGGCAGCCCCGGAAGUGAGAUUUACUUCAUCGUUCGAGGCGAAUGCGAGGUGGUUCGGGAGACGCCGAACGGCGAAAGCAUCAAGAGGAUGACGAGGUCCUCCAUGGUGCGCCCCCGCCUGAAGGCCGGUCAGUAUUUUGGUGAGGUUGCCAGCCUGGGGCUCGCCUCGGCGCGUACGGCGACCGUACGAACCGUUACCUCAGUAGAAUGUCUGAUGAUUGGAGGGCCUGCACUUGAAGAGCUUUGGAAGAGGUGCCCUCCAGGAGUGCGCUCCCAGGUGGAAGAGACGGCACGGAAGCGAUAUGAGACCCAUCCCAAAGACGACGUCGAAAUGAAAGAUGCGCAAGGAUUUGGGUCUUCAGACACAGACUCGGACUUAUCGAAGCUCCCACAAGUCACAUUCACAGUGCCCACGAAACCAAACGUGCCUGUGGCCGAUGAGACGCCAGGGACCAGAUCGCAUACAGAUCCGGAUCCGUUCUUGAGCGUGGACAUGGAGAACAUCAGGAGUCGUCGGCGGAACUCCUUGGCGCCUCCAGUGCCUACCACCUCGCAGACCUUUGAGAGCAGCCCACUGAAGCUCUAUUCAUUCUCAACUCCGAAUACGCCGCCGGAGAAUGAUGAUCAACCUCAGUUCAAAAAGCAGAGGACAUUGUCCCUCCGGCCAGCUUCACUGCAGAAUCUGCAGACGCCAGCUUUGCCUGAUGACGUCCUCGUCAUGGUGUUUGAGCACCUCGACAUCGUGGAGCUGCUGCGAGCUCGACGGGUAUGCUCACACUGGCGGCGGCUUCUGACGACCUCAGAGAAGCUCUGUAAACAAGUCGACCUGUCCGCCUUCAACCGGCACGUCACCGACUGGGCUUUGGCUAAUGUCAUCGGGCCUUUUCUCGGCUGUCGCCCGACAAUGGUUGACAUAUCGAAUUGUUUCCAUGUCACGGACGACGGCUUUCAGGCAUUCUACAAGCUUUGCGGCAAGAACAUCAAGUCAUGGCGUAUGAGGUCGGUGUGGGAUGUCAGCGCUAGCCAGAUCCUAGAAAUGAGCGAGAAUUCCAAGGAGCUGGAGGAGGUCGACUGGAGCAAUUGUCGCAAGGUGGGCGAUAAUCUUCUUGCUCGAGUCGUGGGCUGGGUCGUCCCAGAGCCACCACCCGAGCGCAAGCAGGUUGUCAUUUCCAGCUCUGGCGCUCCUGGCAAGGGCAGGAACAUGAGGAUGCCAGCUAUCCAAUGGCAUCAACAAGCCGUCCAGCCCAACACCCCUCCGCCGGGAACCAUCAUUGGCUGUCCUAAGCUCAAGCAUCUCAACCUUUCCUACUGCAAACACAUCACCGACCGGUCGAUGGUCCACCUCGCCGCGCACGCCUCUUCUCGCAUCGAGAGCUUAUCUCUGACACGGUGUACCUCCAUCUCUGAUGCGGGAUUCCAAUCUUGGGCGCCCUUCCGCUUCCCACACCUAACACGACUCUGUCUCGCCGAUUGCACCUACCUGUCAGAUAAUGCGAUUGUCGCGCUUGUUAACUCCGCCAAGCAGCUCACACAUCUCGAUCUGUCCUUCUGCUGUGCACUCUCCGACACCGCGACAGAAGUUGUUGCUCUUGGCCUCCCUCAACUCCGUGAGCUACGCCUGGCUUUCUGUGGCUCUGCUGUGAGCGAUGCCUCGCUGGGCUGCAUUGCUCUCCACCUCAACGAACUCCGUGGGCUUUCAGUGAGGGGAUGCGUCCGUGUCACGGGUGUAGGCAUUGACAAUGUUCUCGAAGGGUGCGGCCGCCUCGAGUGGGUGGACGUGUCGCAGUGCAAGAAUCUUGGGCCUUGGCUUGCAAGCGGCGGUGUUGUGCGGUGGGGCUUUGACGAGCGAGGUCCUGGGCGCUGGCUACCUAUGAGCAUCACUCGUGGUACAUCCUUCUCCUCCACGCAGAGGACUACGCCCAUCAAUGGCAGCAGUACAAACGGAAACAGCGUGACAAGCCCCGACGAUGGCGCUUCAGAGACAGGCGGGCUGGCACCGAGUCCGUUUGGCAACUCUGGCGGCGGAGGGGGCUUGGGUAUGGCAUUUGGUGGAGCUGCUGCUGGUGGAAUGGGGCCGAUGAUGAAGCCUGUUGUCCCGCCGCGAGGUAUGAUGAACAGGAGGCAGAGGAAGCCUGUGAGAUUCAUCGUCGAGAAGGGCGCGAAUGGGCUAAGGUGAUUUUCUCUUCCUCUUUUUUUUUUUUUCUUUCUUUCUUUCUUUUCUCUUUCGGUGCAGCAACGACAAAUUCCGACAUAUAUGCUCACUGUAUGAAAAAUGCACGGCUGGGCGCUUGGGGGGAGGGACGAAUCCUUGAACUCAACAAAGACGAACAUCAAAUCUCAGCAUCACAAUUAGUGCUAGCAAGAGCGGCACACGAUCUUUACGCAACAGCUCAUUUAACAAACAAGCAUAUGCAUGGGUGAGAGCAUCAACGAUGGACGGCCGAAUCGUUUUUGUUUUGUUUUUCAUUUGGGAUGGCAAGUGUGCUUGCGUUUUGGUAGGCUGGCUGUUUGAGCAUUUGGCGUUAUGGGUAGGAGAGAUUUUUAUUUUUUUCCAAUCUUCGAUCAAGCAAAGUUUCUCAAGUGCUAAACUGCAUACGCAUUACCCGGAGCCUUCAAAGGAGCGGUGUUUUUGUUUGGGGUUGCAUUGCUGUUUUGGACAAGACACAACCAGCAGACGAAUAUUUAGAUCUUUGCUCCAAAAAUUUAUUACUCUUUAG